AAUCAAAAUGGUCAAACUCCGAGUGGCCAAUGAAAUUGAGGGGUUGGUUUUCCAAGCCGCUCUCUGAUUGGUCUAGAGUCCCGGAACAGGCGUUAACCGCGAGGAGGCAAUGGCAAGAUGGCGUCCCUGGAUCGGGUAAAGGUACUAGUAUUGGGAGACUCCGGUGUUGGGAAAUCUUCACUAGUUCAUCUUCUGUGCCAGAAUCAAGUGCUGGGAAAUCCAUCGUGGACUGUGGGCUGUUCAGUGGAUGUUAGAGUUCAUGAUUACAAAGAAGGAACCCCAGAAGAAAAGACCUAUUAUAUAGAAUUAUGGGAUGUUGGAGGCUCUGUGGGCAGUGCCAGCAGUGUGAAAAGCACAAGAACAGUAUUUUACAACUCUGUAAAUGGUAUAAUUUUAGUCCAUGACUUAACAAAUAAAAAGUCAUCUCAAAACUUGUAUCGUUGGUCACUGGAAGUUCUCAAUAGGGAUUCUGUGCCAACAGGAGUCUUGGUGAUGAAUGGGGAUUAUGAUCAGGAAAAGUUUGCUGAUAACCAAAUCCCACUGUUGGUAAUAGGGACUAAACUGGACCAGAUUCAUGAAACCAAGCGCCAUGAAGUUUUAACUAGAACUGCUUUCCUGGCUGAGGAUUUCAAUGCAGAAGAGAUUAAUUUGGAUUGCACAAAUCCACGGUACUUAGCUGCAGGUUCUUCCAAUGCUGUCAAACUCAGUAGGUUUUUUGACAAGUAUAUUUCUGGAUUUGGAAAUGAGUGUGCUUCGGAGGACCCACGCUGUCCAGGUGCCCUCCCAGAAGGACAGAAUAAUCCUCAGGUAUGCCCCUACAACCUGUAUGCUGAGCAGCUUUCAGGAUCAGCUUUCACUUGUCCCCGGGGCACCAAUAAGAGAAGCUGGCUGUACAGGAUUCUACCUUCGGUUUCUCACAAGCCCUUUGAGUCCAUUGACCAAGGCAAUGUCACUCACAACUGGGAUGAAGUUGAUCCUGAUCCUAACCAGCUUAGGUGGAAACCGUUCGAGAUUCCAAAAACCUCUCAGAAGAAAGUAGACUUCGUGAAUGGCCUGCACACUUUGUGUGGAGCUGGAGACAUCAGGUCCAACAAUGGCCUUGCUGUUCACAUUUUCCUGUGUAACAGCUCCAUGGACGACAGAUGCUUUUACAAUUCAGAUGGAGAUUUCCUGAUUGUUCCCCAAAAAGGGAAGCUUCUCAUUUACACUGAAUUUGGCAAGAUGUGUGUGCAGCCCAAUGAGAUCUGCGUCAUUCAGAGAGGAAUGCGGUUCAGCAUAGAUGUCUUUGAGGAGACCAGGGGCUACAUCCUGGAGGUCUAUGGAGUCCACUUUGAGUUACCUGACCUGGGACCAAUUGGAGCUAAUGGCUUGGCCAAUCCUCGUGAUUUCUUGAUACCUGUUGCCUGGUAUGAAGAUCGUCAAGUACAAGGCGGUUACACUGUGAUCAACAAAUACCAGGGCAAGCUGUUUGCUGCCAAACAGGCUGUCUCCCCAUUCAAUGUUGUGGCUUGGCAUGGAAACUACACACCCUACAAGUACAAUUUGGAGAACUUCAUGGUCAUCAACUCAGUGGCUUUUGACCAUGCGGACCCAUCCAUUUUCACGGUGUUGACUGCCAAGUCUGUGCGCCCUGGAGUGGCCAUCGCGGACUUCGUCAUCUUCCCACCUCGAUGGGGGGUUGCUGCUAAAACCUUCAGGCCUCCUUAUUACCACAGGAACUGUAUGAGUGAAUUCAUGGGGCUCAUCCGAGGUCACUAUGAAGCAAAACAAGGAGGAUUCCUGCCAGGUGGAGGCAGCCUGCACAGCUCCAUGACCCCUCAUGGCCCUGAUGCAGACUGCUUUGAGAAGGCCAGCAAGGCCACGCUGGUACCCGAGAGGAUUGCUGAUGGCACCAUGGCAUUUAUGUUUGAAUCUUCCCUAAGUUUGGCUGUCACCAAAUGGGGACUCAAGACCUCCUCUUGUUUGGAUGAGAACUACUACAAGUGCUGGGAGCCCCUCAAGAGCCACUUCACCCCCAAUUCCAGGAAUCCGGCAGGACCUAAAUGAGACUGGGGUAUCUCUGCUGUAAUUGAAAGUGAAUUUUGUUUAGUCUCUUUGAGAAUCUCGUGUUCUUGGGUAGCAUAAGGGAAGGGGGAGAGGUGAUUUAAAAUGAGAACUCGGGUUUCAUAGUCAAGUAACUCAGAACAUUUGUGGAAACAUAUUUGGAAAGUUCUGUGGCUAUCAACUUAAUCAUUCAAUAAAUACUUUCUGGUGUUCUGUGGAUGUGGCAAAUGGUCAUAAUUAGGUGUUGAUGAGACAGACUUAUGGUGGGCCAGGUAAGACCAUGACUUUAGAACAAGGCUGAGCCUCCUUCCCCGGUACGUGGCCUGAGGGUCUUUACUCUGGAAGUGUAGUCCAAGUAACUACCAGAAACCACAAUACCAGGACUGUAGGACAGUAUUAAGACCCUGAGCCAAAAUGAAACUAAAGGCCUUAUAAAUCAAUCCAGGCCCGGGGAAAGUCAGGUCAGCAGAGCUCCAAUCAGCCUGCUAUCUGCCUAAAACAGAUGGGUAUCCAGGAAAACAGGCAGUAUAAUGGAAACCCAGCACUAAACUAGUACAACCACUGUAGAAAUCACUAUGCAGAGUCCUCAAAAACAAACUGUGGGAGGAGUACAACAAGAAGCCAAUUGCUCUUCCUGUAAGGCACACAAACCAUGCGGGACCCCAGGAAGAGAGAAGCCAGUCUGCCCUUCCCCUGAGCCAACCGGUGCACAGACUGAAAAUCAAGAAGCAUCACUACCUCCCCACCACCCCACCACCCCACCACCCCACCCCUGAAAACAACCAGCCGGUGUGGAGGACAGGCUGAAUUGAGAGCAAGUGAGGUACAAAAACAACUAAAUGUUUGUAUUGUUUGAUUGACUUCGUAGCCCUGAGACCAAUAGUUUGAGCAUCCAUUAGGAGGAUACUAAUCUCACUGUUUUGAUUUGAUUUAUUAUUUUUUUAUUUAAUGUUCUGUUUUGAUUGAUUUUAUUCUGUUUUGUUUAUUUGAUUUACUAUGUCUGAUGGUGUGGACAACUACUGUGAAGAUAACAAGAUGUACUAUGGUAGCCAUUGUUGAUUUUCUAUUAUCCUGUUUUGAAGUUCUGUACCACUUUUCACUGUUUUGUUUUGAUUGGCUUUAUUCUAUUUUAUUUUGUUAGAUUUUGUUGUCUUAAAAUAAAAAAACCCUAAAACUAGAAA